AGUUUUUUGCGAAAAUGCCCAUUUUCUCAUUGCUUGCAUUCCUUCUUUUGCUGGUCUCCGCCAGCAUUGCUACUGUCACCGGUCAAGACAUCGGAAACAACACCGAUGUCUCAUGCGUGAGACGGUGGUUUGCCACUGUUGAAGAGGCUGUCCCUAUGUCGUCCCCUCAACUGGUUGAGCUCGUUUUGCUAAAUCUGGGCAUGAGUAACAGUAAGCUAGUGAGGAUGCACCUGGGAACAUUAUUGACUGAGCCAACCCCAAUUGUCUCCAUGACCUCUAGGUCUAGUGAGUGUCUCAAAUCAAAUGUUCCUAUGUCCUCCAUCUGUGAUGUAUUGGACGGGCCCUAUGUUGCCAGCUUCGGAGCCAACAGUAGCGACACCUCGCAGAAAAACGUGUGGGAAUAUCUUGUCAAUGAUGCCAUUGUUUACGAUAGAAUCACAAGCGCUUCUUUGUCCAAUUUUGCGUUGCUUUCUGAGCUUCUUGACCACUUUAAAUCCCGUCGUGAAGAAGUUGAAGCUCAUAACAAAGCCUUCUUCCCAGGUCCGAGGGGCACCUUUGUCCGUGAGAAGCUACUUGGUAUUUCAAAAAGUAUUGAAAUUUUGACCACUACUCUUGGUGGAAGUGUGCCCAACCCGGGAUUUCAACAAAGUCUGCAAACCAACAUAUUUGAGGCUGUCAAGCUUGAUGCUAAAACUGGUCAUGACAACAAUUCUAGAGUUGGAGUUGCGUUGGCCAGUACUAUCAAGUUUGGUCCUAGUGUGGACAGCCAUCAGUUCAUGUACAGACUAGGAAAGGAGUGGGUAGAUGCCUACAUUGCCUGGAACACUGCAUUUGUAAUUGGGGCACUACCUGUUAGCAAAAUGGUUAAGCUUCUGAUACCAUCUGUCACAUGUAGUGCAUCUCAGUCUAUUCAGGGAGAGGGCUUCAUUGCUGCUCGCAUCAUAUCUCUUUCACUUGCUCUCUAUGAGCUUACAGCUCUCCCAGAUCAGGUGUACAUGUCUUUGAGUAUUGACUCAAAGAAGCUUGAUGACAUCAAUGCCUUCCUCCUGUCAGAAAGGGACAACGUUGACUUCAACACAGAGCUGAGAUACCCAUUGGUUGAGGCAAUGGGACAAAGCAACUUGCAAUACAGUAUCCUAACAAGUCCCUCAGUGACAGAAGUUGAAGAGAUGUUGUACAAGCUUUGUGGCAACCACUGUCACAAUGGCUCCUGGCAAGUGACCGACACAGUGCCAAUUGCUCUAUUGGAUGAUGAAGACUUCCAGGUCUAUGUGGCACUUGUGCUGUGGAUGACAGCGCUUUUGGCUGGUUUGGGCUGUGAGUUGCUGUUUUGGUUCAAGCUGAUUGACCAAGGUGGCUGGUCAGAGGAACAAGAGUCACUGUGGUGGGUUGCCCAGUUCUUCUUCCCCUUGUGGGCAUCAACAUGUCUUGGAUUGGCCUUGCAGAAAAACUACUUGGCACUUCCUUUCCUGGUUUUUGGUCUAUUCAAGUUUGGAAUGCCAGAAACACUGUCAUACAUGUACACUGCCUUGUACCAACAAUCCAAGUCCACAUUAGCACGAAUUGGGGACUUUUUGAACUCAACUGGAACUGUGCUCCAUCAUUCAUCAGCAAUAUUGCUGAUUACUUUACUGCUCUCUGGCGUUGUCCCUCCCAGUUGUCAUAUUGUUGCCCCCAUUUUACUGUUAACCAUGCAGCACUGGUUUGUUUUGGUCAAAUACAUGAAUUUUUGGGCCUACGCAGCACUCGAAAUAGUGCUUGAGAUAUGGUUUGAGUGGGUUCUUCUCUCAGAGUUCCAGUACUUGCACUCAGUUCAUUGGACACUUAUAGUGGCUGGAUUGGGAAUGCUUGUUGCCCAUUGGAUUUACCUGGCUGCUGCUGCUUUGGAGCUACUUGCCUUACAGUCUGGCAGGGAUUGGGACACAUCAAGAAAGGAUGAGAUGUUUCUUGAUGAUACCACCACUGCUGUUGAAGCCACUUCCCAAGCUUUAGUCAGCAACCUCAAGAAAGGUGAAGGGACUUGCAAACGAAAAAAUGGUGUUGCCAGUGUCUCUUUUGAUAGCAAAGCCAAGUCUUGGUCAGAUGACGUGCAGAUUCACUGUGAAAGUGAAACUAGACCAACUCUUGCAUCAGGAUCUAGAAGAAUGCUACUUGGAAAGACUGGAUCUUCAAAGAGGCUUCUUAGUGUUAAGGAAAUGGUUCAAAUCUCCGUGAAAGAUUUGCUAUAUCUUCCGCAUUGAGUUGUCGGGAAUUCAUUUCAACUGCCCAGAUUGCUACUCUGGUGCACAGUCAAGAUAAAGAAAAACAGGAAUCUGCUCAACACAAGCCCACUGCCUCGUCCUCAGACGAUCUUGGCCAUCGAAUUGAUAUUGCCCACCGUGACAAUUCUGGAGACAACAGUUCAUCUGUUAAAGAAAGAAUGUGGUUUGUGGUUGUGAGCCUCUUUCUAGUCUUUGUUCUUCUCAAUGCGUUGCUGGUUUUCAUUGUGGUGCUGGUGAUCAAGAACUAUCCUGACUACAAAAAUGAAAAGUUUUUCUCCGAUUUUGACAAUCCAUACAACGACAUUUUGAAAGACACCAUCCCCUACAUUCAGAAUUGGUAUCGCAACCUUGAUCAUACCCAACCCUUAUUGUCAGAGGGGGGGAUCUAGUAGCUCAUUGGUGUAUGCCUUUUGCAGAACACCUUUGCUUGAUUGUCGGUUGUUUUGAGAAUUGAUUGAAGAGGAGAAAAACUGUAUGGAAGUCCAACCGGCAUUAGCAUAAGGCAAUGAAAGAGUCUUUAGAACAGCAGCUAGAAUAAUUUAUUUAUUUCAGGAUUUAUGUUAGUG